AUGCCCAGUCGUCCGAGGUUCAGCACCCUCGCCUCGAGUCAUUUGGCUUCUCAGUCCGACUCCAUUAUAGGUGUAAGCUCCGCAUGUGAGGUUCAGCACCCUCGCCUCGAGUCGCCUGGCUUCUCAUCCCGACUCCAUUAUAGUGGCAAGCUCCGCAUGCGAGCGACAAGCUCUGCAUGCGAGGUUCAGCACCCUCGCCUUGAGUCGUUUGGCUUCUCAGCCCGAAUCCAUUAUAGCGGCAAGCUCCGCAUGCGAGAGGCAAGCUCUACAUGCGAGGUCCAGUACCUCGCCUCGAGUCGCUUGGCUUCUCUGUCUGACUCCAUUAUAGUGGCACGCUCCGCAUACGAGGUUCAGCACCCUCACCUCAAGUUGUUUGGCUUCUCAGCCCGACUCCAUUAUAGCAACAUGCUCCGACCAUUCCACACGAUGCUUUCCCGUGUGAUGUAUCUACGAUCACUGGCAUCCAAGCCCGAUACAUUCCACGCGACGCUCUCUCGAGCGAUCUAUCUACGAUCGUUAGCAGCCAAAACCGAUCUGUUACACGCCAGGCUUUCCCGCAUGACACCUCCAUGA